UAAAGGAGGAGCUUAUAAAUGUUGUAGGCGUGCUAGACCGAGGGAUAUAUAUAUAUAUCAACUUAAGCUUUUUGUACAAUUGAUAACAUGAAGAUAGUGCUUAUGAACUAAAUAAACAAUCUGUGUGUAUUUAAUUUCAAUCAUUUGACCAGGAAGAGCAAAUCUCAUUUUGAAUGAGUUUCACAUGAUAGUCUUCUUCACUUAAACAUAUAGUUCAGUCACAAACCAAAAUAAACAGUACGAAAUGGAUUUUAAAAGUGUUUUAAUUCCUCGCGAAAGGUUUCCGCGCUUCGACAACGCAUCUGCAAAAACUAUAGAAUUGCAAUCUAGAUACAUUACUUUAAUGCGCGAGGGAAAAUGUGUGCAAGAAAAGAAAUACGCUACGAUAGUGUUGUGUAAGAGAAAAAGUGAUACUUAUUUUCCUGUAAGACUUAAUUCUUUAAUGUCUGAAAUUUAUAAUUCCUCAUAUAGUUUUGAAGGUGACAUAUUUGAUUCCAGCAAUAGUAACUGUUUUCUACAGGAAGGGAUGAAAAAUGAGGCCUCUGUGCACGUAUUCAUUGCUAAUGAUAAAGACAAAAGUGAAAUAAAGUUUCUUAGCAAAUAUAAAAUUCACAUGAUACUGUAAGCUAUCAAUAAAGAUGCCAAAACAAAAAUUGAAGAUAAAUAUUUUGGUAAAACGAAUGUUACGGUUGCAACAAGAGAAAACUUAUUGGGUGAAAUUGAUGAUUUAUUAGAACGGAUAUCCUUGGAACCACUGAAACCAAUCUGUGAACAUUGUUAUGAUAUGUUCCAUGAGAAAAACUCAACCAUUCAUGGGAACGAAGAUGAACCAAAUAAAUUGUCAAAAAUAAAGAAAAAGAAACAAAACAUUCAAAGUAACGGUUUCCAUGGUGACAAACACUCAAUGAUUAACCCAGUGCAACGCAAGCUUGGAAAUUCUACUGUAACUAGUGGGUCAAGAACAAAUAAUAAAACUGAGAGAAUUACUAACGGUUCGACAUCAAAAUGCACAGAUGUAAUAAAAAAGGACAUAUCUUUUAAAACUUCUACAGCCAUAUAUAAGAGAACAAGGUCACAUCUUAGAAUUGCUGGCAAUACCAACGGUUUCAAUGAUUGCGGCCUGGGUGCAGACGUUGACGAAAGUACACGGUCCUCUCUAGGGAAAUCUAAAAAGAGGCCGAGAGACACUAAUGGGAGUGUCUUAAAAGAAGAUGAUAAAAGAAAAGAUCAUCCGAACAUAGCAGAGAAUGCAGAGCAACUUCUAGAAGCGAUUCUGGCUAUAUAUGGAAUGAGUAAUGUUGCAGAAGUGUACAGACCUAGAGUUCCAAAACUCAAUAAAAAGAUCGAUGAACAGAUGACGGAAGAAAUGUUUAAGAUUUGUCCAACAGUCAAAAGAAUAGGGUAUCGCUAUCGCACAUUUUACAUAUAUGCAGUUCAGCCAUUGACAUUAAAGGAAGAAAAGAUCCGAAACAAUAAAAUCCGUAUGGUACUUGAGAAGUAUGAAAUAUUUCCUUUUAAAAUAGCACAAUGCGGUGAGAAAAAUACAAGAGUUUAUGCACACGGAGCAAAAAAUAGACGGCAAAAUCAUCUGAAACAAUGCAUUUCUUUUAGAUCAAAGACCGUAUUUAAAAUUUUCAAAAAGGCGGAACACUUGGUGGCUUCGUUAAGACAAAGGAAGGAAACCAACAAUACUGUUUCCUUUCAAAACAUGUUACCGAAGGCUUCAACGACGUAA